CACUGUGGGAGCGGCUUCCUUGGUUUCGCGCGUGGCAACCCCGCGGACGCGCCGCUCUCUGAAGAGUCCAGCCAAGGCCGCACCCGCCCCGCCGCGCUCGCGGUCGCCCUCCUCCACUCGCGGCGAGGUACAAAUGAUGCAAAAUGUACAUCUGGCCCCAGAAACAGAUGAAGAUGAUCUUUAUUCUGGCUAUAAUGACUACAAUCCAACCUAUGAUACUGAGGAAUUGGAGAAUGACACAGCCUUUCAGCAAGCUGUGAGAACUAGUCAUGGCAGAAGACCUCCAAUAACUGCUAAAAUACCAAGCACAGCAGUUUCUAGACCCGUAGCUACUGGAUAUGGGUCCAAGACCUCCCUGGCGUCGUCAAUGGGAAGACCGAUGACAGGGGCUAUUCAGGAUGGAGUUACUAGACCCAUGACAGCAGUGAGAGCCGCUGGCUUUACCAAGGGAGCUUUGAGAGGUUCUGCGUUUGACCCCCUUGGACAGUCACGGGGCCCCGCACCACCCCUGGAGGCCAGGAGUGAAGACAGUCCAGAAGAAAAGAUCAGACAAUUAGAGAAGAAAGUAAAUGAGUUGGUAGAAGAAAGCUGUAUUGCUAACAGUUGUGGAGACUUAAAAUUGGCCUUGGAAAAGGCAAAAGAUGCAGGCAGAAAGGAGAGAGUCCUGGUGAGGCAACGAGAACAAGUUACAAGGCCAGAGAACAUCAACUUGGAUUUAACUUACUCAGUGCUUUUCAACUUGGCCAGUCAGUAUUCAGCUAAUGAGAUGUAUGCUGAAGCACUAAACACGUAUCAAGUUAUAGUGAAAAAUAAGAUGUUUAGCAAUGCAGGACGGUUGAAAGUGAAUAUGGGAAAUAUUUAUUUAAAGCAAAGAAAUUAUUCCAAAGCCAUUAAAUUCUACCGAAUGGCCUUAGAUCAAAUUCCAAGUGUCCAUAAAGAAAUGAGGAUUAAAAUUAUGCAGAACAUUGGAGUCACAUUUAUUAAAACUGGCCAGUAUUCGGAUGCCAUCUCUUCUUUUGAGCACAUCAUGAGUAUGGCUCCAAAUCUGAAGGCAGGCUUCAAUCUGAUUCUUAGUUACUUUGCCAUUGGAGAUCGAGAAAAAAUGAAGAAGUCAUUCCAAAAACUGAUUGCUGUUCCACUAGAAAUUGACGAAGAUGAUAAAUACAUUUCGCCAAGCGAUGACCCACAUACUAAUUUAGUGAUUGAAGCUAUAAAAAAUGAUCAUCUGAGACAAAUGGAACGUGAAAGAAAAGCCAUGGCAGAAAAGUAUAUCAUGACAGCUGCAAAGCUCAUUGCUCCUGUAAUUGAAACAUCCUUUGCUGUAGGUUAUGACUGGUGUGUUGAAGUUGUGAAAGCCUCUCAGUAUGUAGAGCUGGCAAAUGAUCUGGAAAUAAACAAAGCAAUUACAUACCUGAGACAAAAGGACUUUAAUCAAGCUGUGGAGACCUUAAAAAUGUUUGAAAAAAAGGACAGUAGAGUGAAGAGUGCAGCUGCGACCAACCUCUCUUUCCUGUAUUACUUGGAAAAUGAAUUUGCACAAGCCAGUAGCUAUGCAGAUUUAGCUGUGAACUCUGACAGAUAUAAUCCAUCGGCUCUUACUAAUAAAGGGAAUACAGUCUUUGCAAAUGGAGACUAUGAGAAGGCAGCUGAGUUCUAUAAAGAGGCUCUAAGAAAUGACUGUUCUUGCACUGAAGCGCUUUAUAACAUUGGCCUUACCUAUAAGAAGCUAAACCGGCUUGAUGAAGCUUUGGACUGUUUCCUGAAACUUCAUGCAAUCCUAAGAAACAGCGCCCAAGUCCUUUACCAGAUAGCAAAUGUGUAUGAGUUAAUGGAAGAUCCCAGUCAAGCUAUGGAAUGGCUGAUGCAGCUGAUCAGCGUUGUUCCCACUGACUCCAGGGCCCUGUCUAAACUGGGAGGGCUGUACGACAGCGAGGGGGAUAAGUCCCAAGCGUUCCAGUACUACUACGAGUCGUAUAGGUAUUUCCCGUCCAACAUUGAGGUCAUCGAGUGGCUUGGGGCCUAUUACAUUGACACCCAGUUUUGUGAAAAAGCCAUUCAGUACUUUGAAAGAGCUUCACUUAUACAGCCUACACAAGUGAAAUGGCAGCUGAUGGUAGCUAGUUGUUUUAGAAGAAGUGGUAACUACCAGAAAGCAUUAGACACUUAUAAAGAUAUUCACAGAAAAUUUCCAGAAAAUGUAGAAUGUCUACGUUUCUUGGUCCGUCUCUGCACAGACAUUGGAUUGAAAGAAGUUCAAGAAUAUGCAACAAAACUCAAGAGAUUGGAAAAAAUGAAAGAAAUCAGAGAACAGCGCAUCAAGUCUGGUCGGGACAGCAGCGGGUGUCCCCGCGGCCGGAGAGACGGGAGUGCAGGCAGUGACAGUGGCCAGAACUGUAGCGCUGGCAGCAAAGGCGAGCGACUGAGUGCCCAGCUCCGAGCACUGCCUGGCACAGACGAGCCUUAUGAGAGCAGCAGCAACAAGGAGCCAGACGCCUCCUAUGUGGAUCCGCUUGGCCCUCAAAUAGAAAGACCUAAAACCGCAGCCAAAAAGAGAAUGGACGAGGAUGAUUUUGCUGAUGAAGAGUUAGGAGAUGAUUUGCUUCCAGAAUAGUACAAUUUUAAUGUGUUAUUUAUUAAAGGAAAGAAGUCACCUUACAAGAUUAUAUUCAUGUUGAACUUUGAAUUAAAUAUCCAAACUUUAAUUUUGCACAGUCAAAACUUUUAAUAAGUAUAUUCUGUUCUGUGAAUUUUGGGUUUAGGUUUUGUUUUUAAUGGAAUAAAAACAUGUGAAAAUAACA